CUACGUUUUUUAAUUUUAUACGAUACAUGUAGGUAGUCAUUUGUGUUUGUCCGAUUGAGCUAUACCUACGUACUUAUACCGUACGGUAUUGUGUUUUUUGCAAUGAAGUCUGCACAAGAAUUAGUGGCAUCGGCGAGAAACGCUUUUAACAAUGGCAAAACGAAAUCGCGGGAGUUUAGGGAAAAACAACUGCAGAAUUUACUGAGACUGGUGGAAGAAAAUGAACUGGAAAUCAUGGAAGUCCUUGCCGACGACUUGAAAAAACCCAAAGCCGAAGCUUGCCUAGCAGAAAUAGCCUACUUAAAAAACGACGUUAAAGGGUACCUCUACAGUUUAAAGGAACUUAUGGAACCGGAAUAUGUCGAAAAACCUCUGCCAAACGUAAUGGAUACAGUUUUAAUCCACCCCGAACCCUAUGGGGUCUGUUUAAUCAUAGGCGCUUGGAACUACCCCAUACAACUGACCUUAUCGCCGCUCACAGCUGCCAUUGCAGCUGGAAACUGCGCAGUCGUGAAACCCUCGGAGGUGGCUCCAGCUUCAGCGAAGCUGAUUAGCAAACUCCUACCGAAAUAUUUGGACAACGAAUGCUACCAUGUGUAUAAUGGCGGGGUAGCCGAAACUACCGAAUUGUUGAAGCAAAAAUUCGAUUACAUUUUCUAUACUGGCUCGCCGGAAGUUGGAAAAAUCGUGUACCAAGCCGCAUCCAAAAAUUUAACUCCUGUUACCUUGGAGUUGGGAGGAAAAUGCCCAGUUUACCUCGAUGAUACAGUAGAUGUUGAAUCUGCAGCUGCUAGAAUCGUUUGGGGAAAAUUUAUGAACGCUGGUCAAACAUGUAUCGCACCAGAUUACCUAAUUUGCACCAAAGAUGUCGAGACAAAGUUUGUCGAAGCUGCAAAAAAGAAAAUCAAGCAAUAUUAUGGCGAAAAUGUCAAAAAAUCGCCGGAUUAUUGCAGGAUUAUCAACAAUAACCAUGCGCAAAGGAUUUUGAAGCUGAUUGAAGGACAAAACAUCGCAGUAGGCGGUGAUCAUGACAUGAGCGAAAGAUACAUAGAGCCCACGAUAAUAACAAACGCCAAACCGACUGAUCCAAUCAUGCAAAACGAAAUUUUUGGUCCGGUGUUGCCGAUACAUACGGUGAAAAACGCUCAAGAGGCUUUACAGUUCGUAAAUUCGCGCGAAAAACCUUUGGCUUUGUACUGCUUCUCCAACGACAAACAAAUAAUCGAUUUGUUUUUGAAUAACACGUCGAGCGGAAAUUUUUUGGCCAACGACGUCGUCAUGCAUUUCUCCUGCGAGACCAUACCUUUCGGAGGAGUUGGCAACAGCGGAAUAGGUUCAUAUCACGGUAAAUUUGGUUUUUACACUUUCUCGCAUAAAAAAGGUUCGAUGCUGAGGUCGAUAAACAAAAUGGGGGAGAUGAUGCAGGGUAUGAGAUACCCGCCCUACACGGAAAACAAAUUGCAAACGAUUUUGACAGCUAUCAAGAAACGUCCACCAAUCCCAGGCGUGAAAUACUUAAAGAGCGGGAUUAUUUUUGCUUUGGGAUUUAUGGUUGCUGUAGGAACAAACUGGUUGUUGCUAAGCAAGGAUAAAAGAGGUCAUUAAUUUUUUGUUUUUUGUGUUUGUUUUUGGUAAUUAAAUAAAUAUUUUUGUUACUCUGGAA